GCCAACAGAUGCGAAAUGACUUCCACACAGAGCUGCACUGUCUUCAUCCAGUAACCAAUUAAAGUGAAGGUCAGAGCAAACGAGCAGCUCAGCGCGCGCCUCUGGCACAAACUCAACCCGGUAACCUGGAGACACGGAGAACCCGAUCAGUGUAACUCAACCCCGAGCCGACAUUUUACACACCUCGCUACAUCUCUAAACACUUAUCCACAGGAAACAUGUAGCCAGUUAUGUAUUUAUUUAUUUACAAUAUAGGGAAGUUGUUGUUUGUAGUGCUUACUUUAAUGCGCAGGACUCCAGGAUGUCGUGCGUUUAAGGUGUGUGUGUGAGUGUGUGUGUGUGUGUGUGUGUUUCCGCGCAUGAUGCCUAGCAGGCAGAAGAAAGUGCUGUUCUGUCUGGCUGCUGUGCUGAGUCUAGCCUGUGUGCUGAUCGUGGCUGCGGCUAUGGGAGGAAGGAACUGGGUGAAGGCGACUGUGCUGUGCCAAACAGGCGCUCAGCUGGUUAAUGCGACUGGAUCUGAGCUGGACAAAUUCAUCGGGAGCUUAAACUACGGCCUCUUUCAUGGACAGAGGCUGAAGCAGUGUGGACUGGGGGGAAGACCUUUCUCCUUCUCUUUUUUUCCUGACCUGGUGGAUGUGAUCCCAGCUAGUCUGCAUGUGAGUGUCAUCAUCUUCUGUGCAGUGCUCAUCCUCUUCUCAUCUGUGUGUUCUGCCUUCUUCAUGUACAAUGCCUUUGGAAAUCCAUAUGAGACACUACAUGGACCUUUAGGCCUUUACCUGUGGAACCUGAUCAGCUGUCUGUGCAGCUGUCUCAUCCUGAUCCUCUAUGCAUCAGAGGUCAAACUGCAUCACCUAUCUGAGAAGAUUGCUAACUACAAAGAGGGCACUUUUGUCUACAAGACACACAGUGAGGCAUUCGACCGCACUUUCUGGCUCAUAUUCAUAGUUUUCCUUGUGCAUGGCCUUAACAUCCUUCUGAUCCGCCUAGCGGGCAUCCAGUUUCCCUUCCAGGAGGCCAAAGAGUCAGAUGCCAAUACGGGUGCAGCAGAUCUCAUGUACUGACCAGCCCUAUUGUCCAGUAACCACCCCCUGGAUGUGACAUCCUACCACGGCUAUUAGUGCUCCUCAAUUGGAGUCCCGCAUCUUGCACCAUCUGUUGUUCUGAUUUGUUUACAGCUGAAUAGAUGCCACAUCCGAGCCUCUUUAGUUGCAUCUUUUCACUUUCAGAUGAGGAGCAGACUUGGAAAUGGUCCUGGCUGUGUGUGAGAGAUGAACCUUAUCUCAUUGUGGGGAGGCUAGUGGAGGGACCCAGUCUUUCAGCCGAUCUCCUGAUUAUGCAUUCUGUUAACUGCCAUCUCAAUUAAGGCUCAGGAUUUUAAAUACCUGUUGAAAUGCAGAAAUGGGUCAUCUCAGCUUUGUUUUGUGAGCAUGGAAACUAUUUAUUUUUCCAUAGUACAUGCAUCUUUCAGAUUCUAAGUAACAUUACACUACACAAUGGUUAAUUUAUUGGGUAAUGCUUUUUUAUUUGUAAAUAAUAAGUGUGUAUACCCCUUCUUAGAUGUGCCAACGAUCCUAACUAAUGAAUAGCAUUCAAUUAUAAGAAAGAAUGUUUACUCUAACCCCGUGCAGAGAGACUUGUUUGAUAAUAAAAGGCAGAAUUAAUUUUAUUCAUAUGAAUUUUGGUUAUCAUGAAGAAUGCAAAAGGAGUUGUGAAUGUUAAUAGUCAAAAUGAACUUCAAAAAUUCAACUGAUUAAUCUAAUUUGAUGUCAUUACAAAUAGGAUAGAAUGUCCAAACUGUAUGGUAUAAUAGCAAUGAUUAAAGCCCUGAUGAAACAUCUGAAACAUUGACAAUGCUCUGGUUGUGAGAGGAACCACAUGUAUAGGGUACAUCAGAAACUGCAUACAGGCUGCAAUUUAAUGAGUCUGUUAUCUGCACACUUGCAGAUAUGUGGCAUGCCAGCUGCAUCACUUACUCACUGGAGUUUUGAAGAAGGAUGUUUGUUAAAAUUUCAAACAAAUGAAUUGUUGUUACUGAGAUACUACCUAAUUCAGUGUCUGGUUUAGCUAGUGUUUUAUGGAAUGCAUAUUAUGUACACGGACAAACAUUUUUUACCCUCUGCUUGGUACCAGUUUAUGUAAAUGUAACCUUCCAGUUUUAGCUGGUGUUUUCUUUCUCUUGACUACAUUGAUUUACACUUUAAAUAAAAUGUCACUUACUCUGUAUAUAAUGAUUUUUCAGAGUUUAAACACCAUCUAAACCUGUGAUACAAGUUUGUGUGCAAAGCUAAAUUAUUUAGUUAUCUAAGUGGCAUUUCCAAUCUUCUAAUCUUUUAAAAAUGAAUAGAUAAAAUGCAUUCAUUUGCCUCCAAUGGCUCUUCAGUAGCUCCCCUACAGCUUCAGGUCUACUGAAAAUAAAGAAAGCGAAAACAAAGAAGUGUAUACAGGGAGCUCUCUAGCAUCCUCUUAUGGACAUUUCUUUUUGUUCAUGUGUCAGAUUACUGCACUAUAUCAAUCUCUACAGAAAAACAAACACCCAACUGGUUUUAAACUGAACAAUUUAUGUUUACAUGCACCACUAAUAAUAUUGAACUGUCCAUAAAAAAUGUUAUAUCAUUUCUUAACAAAUUCACUGACAAGACUGUAAUGCGAGUCUUGCCAGAUAUGAAACGUAUCUCAUG